UCUUCGUCUUCGUCCCCACCCACCACGACCAUCACCACCACCAUCGCCAUUGCCUUUCCAGUUCCCCUUUGUUCGUCAAACAUUUCUCUUCUGCUAACCCUAGAUUCUUCUUUCUCUCUCUUUUUCACUUUGCGUCUCAUUCAAGCCUUUUCCACAUCACUUCGUUUCUAUUUCUCUUUCUUUCUUUCUUUAUUUUGAUUUUCAUUCCACUUCCCACGACACUGAAUUUUAUGCCACAGGUUUUGAUUCUUUCUCCACGUCCUCCGGCGACGCCAUUCUAGUCUGCCGUGAUUUGGAUCUGCGGACGGUAUGACUUCCGCAGUGCCGCCGUCUUAUACUGCUAGCCAUGGAGUGGGAGGUGAACCGGAGAAUUUUGGAGAUCAAGCCAUGGAGUUUCUCAAGGCGGCUGGGGAGAUGGCUCUGGAGUUCGGGAAGGGGUGUAGGGAUAUUGUGGUGCAGAGUUUUGGAGAUAAUGAAUCGUAUCUUGUGAAGACGUUUGGGAAGGGAUCGUACAUUGAGAAGAGAGUGAGAGGACCUUGUGAGAAGGUUUUUGGUAAAUUGCGGUUCUUCAAUGACUACUUGCCCGAGGAUAAGGAUCCGUUUCAUGUUUGGAUGGUCAUACUGUCCGUUUCGGUUCUUGUUUUGGCAGUUUUAAGUCUUAGUGAUCAACGCGAUGAUAUUGCCAUCUCACCAAUUAAAAAGGUUUACAUGCAUCCUCCGAGCGCCAAGCGAGUAAUGCUUCCAGACGGUAGAUUCUUGGCUUACAAGGAGCAAGGUGUCUCUGCAGAAAGAGCUAGAUUUUCAAUGAUCGGUCCUCAUACUUUCCUCUCUUCUCGGCUUGGAGGAAUGCCUGGGCUUAAGUCUUCGAUGUUGGAAGAGUUUGGCAUUCGCUUAUUGACAUAUGAUCUCCCGGGGUUUGGUGAGAGUGAUCCUCAUCCUCAAAGAAACCUUGAAUCUUCAGCAAUGGACAUGUCAUUUUUAGCGAAUGCUUUAGGUGUCAACGACAGAUUUUGGGUAAUAGGGUAUUCCACAGGGAGCAUGCAUGCUUGGGCAGCUCUUAGGUAUAUUCCUGAUAAACUUGCAGGUGCAGCUAUGUUUGCUCCAAUGGUUAAUCCCUAUGAUCCAAGUAUGACAAAGGAGGAAAGACGUCGGACAUGGGAGAAAUGGAGUAGAAAGAGGAAAUUUAUGUACUUCUUAGCUCGAAGAUUUCCUACUGUUCUUCCUCUGUUUUACCGUAGGAGCUUCCUGUCGGGGAAGCAUGAUCAGAUUGAUAAGUGGUUGGCAUUAUCACUAGGAAAAAGGGAUAGAGCUUUAGUAGAGGAUCCGAUCUCUGAAGAGUUCUGGCAAAGAGACGUAGAAGAAUCAAUCAGGCAAGGUAUUGCAAAACCUUUUGUGGAGGAAGCUACAUUACUGGUGUCAGAUUGGGGUUUCAAGCUUCACGAUCUCAGGUUACAGAAACGUCAAGUAAAAUCUGUGAUUCAUUGGCUCAAGUCUUUAGUAGGUGAUGUCCAAGAGGAAUUCACUGGCUUCCUUGGUCCAAUACACAUAUGGCAGGGGAUGGAUGAUAUGGUGGUUCCACCAUCGAUGACCGAUUAUGUUCAUCGGAUCCUACCAGGAGCUGCAGUCCAUAAGCUCCCAUUUGAAGGCCAUUUUACCUAUAUCUACUUCUGUGACGAAUGCCAUAGACAGAUAUUUACUACCCUCUUUGGAACCCCACAAGGCCAACUGAACAUUUCCCGUUCUGUAGAUCAAAUUUCCUUCGAUCACAACACAGAAGUUCUCGAAGUUCAAACCGUCGAUGAUUCUGCCACAGACUAAAAGAUAGCAGUUGUAGUUCACUAUAGAUAAUGUACAUACCACACGAUUGCUCUGGUGCUCCUCUACCAGGUACCGAGGAGAAAGAUAGCUUUCUUUUUCAUUCCCCUCCCCUCUCCCCCCUCCCCCUUUUGCCCCAUUGAUUUUUUUUUUUUUUCUUUUUUUGGGAAAAUUACGAGUUAAGGGUAGUCAAGGGUUUAGUGAACAUGCUGUCGAAGGAGCAAGUUAUUACAUGCAAUAGAAAUAUUACCGUAUCAGAAUCUUCUGAUUCUUAAACUUUGACUACACUUUUAUGCUGCUUGGAUGUCUCAUUGAACACAAUACAAUUGAAUAAAAAUUCAAUUCAUUAUCCUCUGUA